UUCUUAUUUCCGUCAAACCCUACAUUUCUCGCGCAACCUUCUUCUCCCGCUUAUCAACGUGAAUCUGAAUCUAAGAGAUAUUUUCUUCGACCGAGAUAGAGAGUGAGGCUGCAUUUUUGAGAGAUAGAGGCACUGACCUAAAUAAUCUCGAUCUCCUCUCCAUUUCAAUCCCCAGCCGUUCGAGCUUCAGGCGUCAAGACAAACUGUGGCAAUAGUAGCAGCAGCAAGGAAGGAGGCAACGUCUCCCUGUCAAAGACCGGCGCCACAACUGUUAAAAUCCGAUCAAUACAGACUCCUUUUUCACUUUUGAUAUUGUAAAAGAGGUCUUCAUUGCUUUGCAACAUCCACCUACACUUCCGAAGUGGAGUGGACGGAAGAGGGUUUCAUCGUUGCGCUGCCCCAAACUGUAACCUUAUUCUCCUACCCGCCAAAACACUCACUCUGAUGGCCGGAAACGGAAUGCAUCCUUACCAUCAACAGUGGCAGCCCACUGCAGCUCCUCCCCCCGUCGCCCCUUCGGUCAUUCCUCCUCCUCAUGGUCAUGCUCCUCCAUUGCCUAUGGUUAACGACGAGCUCCGCACAAUCUUCAUUUCGGGGCUUCCCGAGGAUGUGAAGGAGAGAGAACUACUGAAUCUGCUCAGAUGGUUGCCUGGUUAUGAGGCUUCACAAGUCAACUUUAAAGGGGAGCACCCCAUGGGUUUUGCCCUUUUCUCUUCGACACAGUACGCUUUGGCUGCCAAGGAUGCUCUUCAGGAUAUGGUUUUUGACACCGAUUUGAAUUCUGUGCUGCACACUGAGAUGGCAAAGAAAAAUCUUUUUGUUAAGAGGGGAAUUGUAUCUGAUCCCCCUGCAUAUGAUCAAAGUAAACGGAUGAAAAUUGGUGGUGAUUAUACUCAUACUGGUUAUCCAAGCCCAUCUCCAUUCCAUCCUCCUCCAACAGCUGUAUGGGCACCACAUGGGUAUAUGGCUCCUGCUCCACCUCCGUAUGACCCAUAUGGGGGCUAUCCUGUACCACCAACAAUGCAGAUGCCUGCUCCUAUGCCAGCACCAAGUAGUUAUGUGCCCAUUCAGAAUACCAAGGAUAAUCCUCCUUGCAAUACUCUAUUUAUUGGAAAUCUUGGUGAAAACAUUAAUGAGGAAGAGUUGAGGGGCCUUUUUAUCACACAACCUGGUUGUAAGCAGAUGAAGAUUUUAAAGCAGGAGAGGCACACUGUUUGCUUUAUCGAGUUUGAUGAUGUCAAUAGUGCUACAAAUGUGCACCAUAGUUUUCAGGGAGCUGUUAUCCCUAGUUCUGGUUCUGUCGGCAUGCGCAUACAAUAUUCGAAGAAUCCAUUUGGGAAGAGAAAGACCAAUAACUAUGGAGCUGCUGGACCUGGCAACAAUGGAGCUCCACUACAGAUGACUUAUCAAUAGCCUCUCAAGGGAUGUACUCUGUUCUCUAUGCCUUGGACAAAUAGGAUGCAUCAUGCGGCUGUUGCAUGCAUCAUUCAUUUCAUCAACAUUGGCAUCUAUGUGCAUGCAGGGGGAAAUUCUCAUACAAGUGUUAUUUUUUCACAUUGUCAUUUUAGAUAUGCGGUUGUUUUGUUAUUCAUAACAUGCAUUUUCUAACAGCAUGGCUAGUUAGAAGUGCAUAAUUUUAUUUUAUUUUAUUGUAGUUUGAUGGGUGAAUUUGCUUUACCACUACUGAUUGAUGUGCUAGACAUCAUAUAACUGCACUUGAUACUCUUUGUUUUCUGUACAUCAUAUUAUCAAUCAUGGGCAUCACCUGAAAAAAAAAAUCAUUUUU